AUGACUCUGCGGCUGGACCUCGGGGGGGAGUGGGCACGGUGGGCACGGUGGGCAGCAGAAGGAGGACUGUUAGCGCGGAGGUGCCAACACCAGCAACGCUGCAGCUUUCUGCUGAUCAGCGUGGUGCUGCUCAGCUGCUGCUGCAUGAUUCGAACCGCCGCCGGAGCGGGAGCUCUGGCCCAGACCGACGUGGUGACGGCUGCGAGUUGGAACGUCUCCAGUGGGUCGCAGAAAGACCACUUCCUCAGACUUGACGCUCCCAUGAACAACAUCACCACGUCUCUGGGUCAGAUGGCCGAGCUGCACUGCCACGUGUCGGGGAACCCGCCGCCCACGGUGCGCUGGCUCAAAAACGACGCCCCGGUGACCCCGGAGGCGCGGCGGAUUUCCUACAAACAGACGGCGUACGGCUCGCGGCUGCGCAUUCGCAACCUGGAUACCACCGACACCGGGUACUUCCAGUGUGUGGCCACCAACAGCUACGGCACCGUCUCCACCACCGGCAUCCUAUUCGUCAAGUUCGAUCCGCUGCCGACACCGCAGUCUGGAAAGCCGUCACCGGAAGACUUUGAUGAGGAAGGUUUUUGCCAGCCCUACAGAGGAAUCGCCUGUGCUCGCUUCAUCGGGAACCGGAGCAUCUUCGUGGACUCGCUGCAGAUGCAGGGCGAGAUCGAAACUCAGAUCACAGCCGCCUUCACCAUGAUCGGCACCUCCAACCACCUAUCGGAUCGCUGCUCCCAGUUCGCCAUCCCCUCCCUCUGCCACUUCGCCUUCCCCACGUGUGACCGGAGCUCCGGCAUGGACAAACCGCGAGACCUGUGCAAGGACGAGUGCGAGAUCCUGGAGAACGACCUGUGUAAGACGGAGUACAUCAUCGCCCGCUCCAACCCCUUGAUCCUCAAGCGCCUCAAACUGCCCAACUGCGACGACCUGGCGUCCACGGACAGUCCGGAGGCGGCCAACUGCAUGAGGAUCGGGAUCCCCAUGGGAGAGUCCAUCAACAAGAAUCACAAGUGCUUCAACGGCAGCGGUUCUGAUUACCGCGGUACGACCAGCGUGACGCGGUCGGGUCGCCAGUGCCAGCCGUGGAACUCUCAGUACCCGCACAGCCACGCCUUCCUGGCUUUGCGCUAUCCGGAGCUCAACGGAGGCCACUCGUACUGCCGGAACCCGGGCAACAAGCAGGAGGCGCCGUGGUGCUUCACUCUGGACGAGGGUGUUCGCAUGGAGCUGUGCGACAUCCCCCCCUGUGACCCGGAGAAGCGAGGCGGUGGCAGCAGCAUGGAGAUCCUCUACAUCCUGGUCCCCAGCGUGGCCAUCCCCCUGGCCAUCGCCCUGCUUUUCUUCUUCAUCUGCGUGUGCCGGAAUAACCAGAAAGCCUCGCGCCCGCCCGCUCAGCGCCAGCCCAAACCUGUACGAGGCCAAAACGUGGAGAUGUCCAUGCUGCCCGCGUACAAACCCAAGACCAAAGCCAAGGAGCUGCCCCUGUCUGCCGUGCGUUUUAUGGAGGAGCUCGGCGACUGCGCUUUCGGAAAGAUCUACAAGGGUCACCUGUACCUCCCAGGCAUGGAGCACGCUCAACUGGUGGCCAUCAAGACCCUGAAGGACUUCUCCAGCCCUCAGCAGUGGUCCGAGUUCCAGCAGGAGGCGUCGGGCUUGGCCGAGCUGCACCAUCCCAACGUGGUGUGUCUGGUGGGCGUGGUCACGCAGGAGCAGCCCGUUUGCAUGCUCUUCGAGUUCCUGCCGCUCGGAGACCUGCACGAGUUUCUGGUCAUGCGCUCGCCGCAUUCCGACGUGGGCUGCAGCAGCGACGAGGACGGCACGGUCAAGUCCAGCCUGGACCACGCAGACUUCCUGCACGUGGCCAUGCAGGUCGCGACGGGCAUGGAGUAUCUCGCCAGCCACUUUGUCGUUCACAAGGACCUCGCGGCCAGGAACGUUCUCGUAGGAGAGCAGCUACAUAUUAAGAUUUCAGACCUUGGACUGUCGAAGGAAAUCUACACCUCGGAUUAUUACCGGGUGCAGCCGAAAACGCUGCUGCCGAUUCGCUGGAUGCCACUGGAAGCCAUCGCGUACGGAAAGUUCACCACCGAGUCGGACAUCUGGGCGUUCGGAGUGGUACUCUGGGAGAUCUUCAGCUUCGGUCUGCAGCCUUACUACGGCUUCAGCAAUCAAGAAGUGAUGGACAUGGUGCGUAAGAGGCAGCUGCUGCCGUGCCCGGACGACUGCCCGCCCCGGGUGUACGCGCUCAUGAACGAGUGCUGGCAGGAAGGACCCGCUCGGAGACCUAGAUUCAAGGACAUCCACGCUCGGUUACGUGCAUGGGAAGGCUUGUCAUCCCACGCCAGCUCGAGCACGCCAUCCGGGGGCAACGCCACCACCCAGACCACCUCGCUGAGCGCCAGCCCGGUCAGCAACCUCAGCAGCCCACGCUACGCUGGCUACAUCUACGGGGCUCCUCAGGGCAUCGCCCCGGGCCAGAUCGCGGGCUUCGUGGCGGCGCCCAUGCCGCAGAACCAGCGCUUCAUCCCCGUCAACGGAUACGCCAUCCCGCCGGGGUAUACCGCGUUCCCGGCCGCCCACUUCGCCCCGGCUCAAGCGCCGACGCGGGUCCUACAGCACUGCCCUCCGCCCAAGAGCCGCUCGCCAAGCAGCGCCAGCGGUUCCACCAGCACGGGCCACGUGACCAGCGUGCCGUCCACGGGGUCCAACCAUGACGCCAACACGCCGCUGUUGUCGCACUGCAUCACUCUGUCGGCCAUCCCUGCGGUGACGUUCGGACACAUCGCUCAAAAGGGGCUGCAGUUGGACCCGGCGCAGGCGGCACUCUUAGCGGACUCUAACAGACUCAUGUAUACUGAAUCGGUCAUCACCGCCGACCUGUGA